GUUGAAUAGGUAUUACACUGUGCGUGUGAUGGGUGGGGAUGCCAGUAGCGAAUCAUUGCACUUGUUGCGUAUACGGAUGCGUUACGAAGCGAUCAAUUAUUACGUGAGGUAUCGGCGACAGAGAGAGUUCGGCGUAUAUACAAACGCCCCACCAGUAUACGAUCGUGUAUAAUUUUUUUUUCUACUUCAAAUUUUGAUUCCGUUGGAUCUCACAACAUUAAACUCUCACUGCUCACAAUUCACAACCAAAAUCGACUUGCUGGGAUUUUAUAUUUUUAUACCGCCUUUGACUGUAUUCUGUAAACAAGGGAACCUAAAAACAAGACAACAUUAAUGGUGAAGUCUUAAAGAUCGCAAACACCACUUUCAGUUCCUAACGGAGGAAGAGAUACGAUUACAGAGUGCCUUGGCUUCCAGUGAUAACUUCUCGCUAGCCACUUUCUUGGUUAUCAUUUUCAUCAUCAUCACACCAGGAUGGCAUCAUCACUACCAACCUCCUUUUUUAUCAGGACGAUACUGUUCUUCUCAUACUUGGGUCUCUUAUUCCAGGAUUGUAAUGGAUUUCCUACUGGAGCAGGAGACUUGGCGUGUAAUACCCUGAGACCAGGCCAUCCGGGAGCGCCCCAGACGGGUACCCCUCCCUUCUCCGUGGUUCCUCUCUCAUCUACCUACACCUCUGGAGGAUCCGUGCAAGUGCAAGUCCAAGGUACGAGCCAGUUCCGAGGCAUCCUACUCCAGGCCAGGACAUCGUCUGGUGCUAUCGUUGGCUCCUGGUCUACCGACGGUCUAUCAGCAAGUCUUCAGACCAAGUCAUGUUCUGGCAAUGCUGACUCCCUAACGCAUACGAAUAACAACAACAAGUUCUUUCCAAUCACAUUCACUUGGAUAGCACCACAGAGUACGACCCUUGGAUCCAUCUCAUUUCACGCAACUAUUGUUAUCGUACAGACCCAGUAUUAUGUCGAUAUACAAUCAUCUUCCAUCUCACUUUUACAAGGCGGCUUAGGCCCAUGUGCAACCAACUUAUGUCAAAAUGGCGCCGUAUGUCAGGCGAAUGGUCAAUUCACUUACCAAUGUUUAUGCACUACCGGAUUCUCGGGGCCUUUUUGCUCUGAAAGAGACACAUGCAAUCCAAACCCAUGCCAGAAUAACGGGUUUUGCUCUGUAACUGGCCAGCUUACAUACACCUGCUCAUGUAGGGCAGGUUAUGUUGGAGUGCAGUGUGAAACUCAAGCAGCCGGAGCGUGUACUUCGGAUCCGUGUCUCAAUGGAGGAACCUGUUUCGAACAGAACGAAGGAAAUGCUUUCUUCUGCGCAUGCUCCACGGGCUUUCAGGGAACCACGUGUGAUGUAGGAGAUAUAACAGCCAGAGCGUGUUCUUCGAACCCUUGUCUCAAUGGAGGAACGUGUUUCGAACAGAACGGAGGAAAUGCUUUCUUCUGCGCAUGCGCCACGGGCUUUCAGGGAACCAUGUGUGAUGUAGGAAGUACCGUUUCCCCGUGUGGGUCUAACCCCUGUCAGAAUGGGGGUACGUGUUUUGAUAGCGGUGACCUGACAAAUUAUUUCUGCAUCUGUAGUGCUGAUUACAUUGGAGAAAGCUGCCAGACAGCAGUUGUUAUGCCGACGACUGCAUGCGACUCGAACCCGUGUGUGAACGGAGGGACAUGCUUCUCGUCUGCAGAUCAGGCUAGUUUCCAAUGUAUCUGUCUGACCGGCUUCAGCGGACUCUUCUGCCAGGAUACUACCAAUGAACAAUGUCAACCCACAACUUGCCAAAAUGGAGGAACGUGUUUCCAAUCAGGGGGCAGUGAUGAUGGCAUCAUUUGUGUGUGUCCUUCUGGUUUUGAAGGUUCGACCUGUGAGAUAACUUUAACUGUUAUGGCAUGUUCGUCUGAUACAUGCAUGAAUGGCGGCACGUGCUUCGAGUCUGGCUCGUCGGGAGGAAUAGCCUACAUUUGUUCCUGCCCCAUUAAUUUUUCCGGCGUCAACUGUGAAUUGGUCAAAACUGCCUGCUCAUCUCAACCUUGUGCAAACGGGGCUUCAUGUUUAGAAUAUCAAGCCGUUUACGCCUGCAUAUGUCUUCCUGGUUUCACGGGAUUUAAAUGUGAUGUACAAGUCCCGCAGCAUCUUCUUAAUCCUGCAUGUGCCUCUAACCCAUGUCCUGCUGAUGCUACAUGCCUAGAAGCGGCUGGUCAAGUUGCUUUCCUUUGUCUCUGUCCAAAUGGUGAUGUUGGUACACACUGUAAUAUAACUACAGUCCCGCAGCAUCUACUUAAUCCUGCAUGUGCCUCUAACCCAUGUCCCGAUGAUGCUACAUGCCUAGAAGCGGCUGGUCAAGUUGCUUUUCUUUGCCUCUGUCCAAAUGGUGAUGUUGGUACACACUGUAAUAUAACUACAGACCAGCCUCUACUUAAUCCUGCAUGUGCCUCUAACCCAUGUCCUGCUGAUGCUACAUGCCUAGAAGCGGCUGGUCAAGUUGCUUUCCUUUGCCUCUGUCCAAAUGGUGAUGUCGGUACACACUGUAAUAUAACUACAGACCAGCCUCUACUUAAUCCUGCAUGUGCCUCUAACCCAUGUCCUGCUGAUGCUACAUGCCUAGAAGCGGCUGGUCAAGUUGCUUUCCUUUGCCUCUGUCCAAAUGGUGAUGUCGGUACACACUGUAAUAUAACUACAGACCCCACUCCCGUGCGAGGUUGUUCCUCAAACCCUUGCUCCAGUGGAGCGACAUGUCUGGAUGCAGCAGAUGGAAGCUCAUUUACCUGCUUAUGUCCGAACGGUGCUUUAGGCAUUAACUGUGAAAUGGCUCCAGGUCCCCUUCCUACUUUUAGCUGCUCCUCAAACCCUUGUCCUGACGAUGCAACUUGCUUGGAAGCAGCGGAAGGAAACUCUUACACAUGUCUGUGUUCUAACGGUCAGCUUGGGGUAGACUGUAGUUUAACAGCACCUAUCAACGUAGUACCCGGUUGUGCUUCGAACCCUUGCCCUGACGAUGCAACGUGUUUGGACGCUUUUGAUAGAAGCUCAUACACGUGCUUAUGCUCCAAUGGUGUAAUUGAUAUUUAUUGCGGUAAUCCUCCAGUGGUAGGUUGCGAUGCUCUCCCAUGUCAGAACGGAGGGACCUGCUUCACCGCCGGAGCUGACCCGUCAGCCUACGUCUGCAGUUGCCUUGACGGAUACACAGGACCAGACUGCGAAACAGUUGUCUUGGCAUGUUCAUCCAACCCCUGCCAAAAUGGAGCGACUUGCAUGGACUCUAACCCUGGCUACGCAUGUCAGUGCGCUGCUGGAUAUGAGGGAGAUACGUGUGAGCUCCUAACACAAGUAACGGACCCUCCUUGUGCAUCAUUGCCUUGUCAAAAUGACGGAGUAUGUUCAGAAGUUGGUACGGAAUACUCAUGUGAAUGUCCCGUAGGCUUCAACGGAGUAAACUGCGAAUUAGUGGAACUUGCUUGUUCUUCAAGCCCAUGCUUGAAUGGUGCAACAUGUAUUGAUGAAGCUGGAAACCAGUUUACAUGUCAGUGUCCAGCUGGCUAUAUUGGAACAAACUGUGAAACACAAGUAACCGCCUGUUCUUCAAACCCAUGUCUGAAUGGAGCUGCAUGUUUUGAAGCUGGAGCAGGAAAUGGCUACAUCUGUCAGUGUCUUUCAGGGUAUACUGGAACCAACUGUGAAAGUGAUUUUGUACCAUGCUCGUCAAAUCCGUGUUUGAAUGGAGCUACAUGUUCUGAAAGUGGAAACGAUUAUAUCUGUCAAUGUACAUCUGGGUUUACAGGAACUAAUUGUGAAAACAUGGACACUGACCAAGCCUGUUCAUCAAAUCCUUGUUUGAAUGGUGCUACAUGCUUUGAGCUUAACAAUGGAAACGCUUACAUCUGCCAAUGUCCAUCCGGUUUUAUCGGGACCAACUGUGAAACACAAGAAUUUUGUCCUUCAAACCCAUGUUUGAAUGAAGCUGUAUGUUUUGAAGCUGGAGAUGGACAAGGGUAUUUCUGCCUCUGUACAACAGAUUUUACUGGAACUAACUGUGAAACUAUGGUCACUGAACCAGCCUGUUUAUCAAAUCCUUGUUUGAAUGGUGCUACCUGCUUUGAGCUUAACAAUGGAAACGCCUACAUCUGCCAAUGUCCAUCUGGUUUUACUGGAUCUAAUUGUGAAACUCAGAUACCAUGUUCGUCAAAUCCUUGUCUGAAUGGGGCGACUUGCUUUGAGCUAAACAUUGGAAAUGGCUAUGUCUGUCAGUGUCCAUCUGGUUACACAGGAACCAAUUGCGAAACACAGGUACUUGAAUGUUCUUCAAACCCAUGUUUGAAUGGAGCUGCAUGUAUUGAAGAUGGAGCUGGAAACGGGUACAUCUGCCAGUGUCCUACAGGUUAUACUGGAACCAACUGCGAAAUUGAAAAUGCUUGUUUUACAAUCCCAUGUCUGAAUGGAGCUACAUGUUUUGAAGCUGGAGCUGGAAUCGGGUACUUUUGCCUGUGUCCUUCAGGUUAUACUGGAACCAACUGCGAAACAGAAAUACUUGAGUGUUCUUCAAACCCAUGUCUGAAUGGAGCUGCAUGUAUUGAAGCUGGAGCUGGAAAUGGCUACAUCUGCCAGUGUCUUUCAGGUUAUACUGGAACCAACUGCGAAACAGAAAUACUUGAAUGUUCUUCAAACCCAUGUCUGAAUGGAGCUACAUGUAUUGAAGCUGAAGCUGGAAAUGGCUACAUCUGCCAGUGUCUUUCAGGUUAUACUGGAACCAACUGCGAAACAGAAAUACUUGAAUGUUCUUCGAACCCAUGCCUGAACGGAGCUGCAUGUAUUGAAGCUGAAGCUGGAAAUGGCUACAUCUGUCAGUGUCCUUCAGGUUAUACUGGAACCAACUGUGAAACAGAAAUACUUGAAUGUUCUUCAAACCCAUGUUUGAAUGGAGCUGCAUGUUUUGAAGCUGGAGCUGGAAACGGGUACAUCUGCCAGUGUCUUUCAGGUUAUACUGGAACCGACUGUGGAACAGAAAUACUUGAAUGUUCUUCAAACCCAUGUCUGAACGGAGCUGCAUGUAUUGAAGCUGGAGCUGGAAAUGGCUACAUCUGCCAGUGUGUUUCAGGUUAUGCUGGAACCAAUUGUGGAACAGAAAUACUUGAAUGUUCUUCAAACCCAUGUCUGAAUGGAGCUGCAUGUAUUGAAGCUGAAGCUGGAAACGGGUACAUCUGCCAGUGUCUUUCAGGUUAUACUGGAACCAACUGUGGAACAGAAAAUGCUUGUUCUACAAUCCCAUGUAUGAACGAAGGAACAUGUUUUGAAGCUGGAGCUGGAAACGGUUACUUCUGCCUGUGUCCUUCAGGUUAUACUGGAACCAACUGCGAAACAGAAAUACUUGAAUGUUCUUCAAACCCAUGCCUGAAUGGAGCUGCAUGUGUUGAAGCUGAAGCUGGAAACGGGUACAUCUGCCAGUGUGUUUCAGGUUAUAAUGGAAUCAACUGUGGAACAGAAAUACUUGAAUGUUCUUCAAACCCAUGUCUGAAUGGAGCUGCAUGUAUUGAAGCUGAAGCUGGAAAAGGGUACAUCUGCCAGUGUCUUUCAGGUUAUGCUGGAACCAACUGUGGAACAGAAAAUGCUUGUUCUACAAUCCCAUGUUUGAACGAAGGAACAUGUUUUGAAGCUGGAGCUGGAAACGGGUACUUCUGCCUUUGUCCUUUAGGUUACACUGGAAUCAACUGCGAAACAGAAAUACUUGAAUGUUCUUCAAACCCAUGUCUGAAUGGAGCUGCAUGUAUUGAAGCUGGAGCUGGAAACGGCUACAUCUGCCAGUGUCUUUCAGGUUAUACUGGAAUCAACUGUGAAACAGAAAUACUUGAAUGUUCUUCAAACCCAUGCCUGAAUGGAGCUGCAUGUUUUGAAGCUGAAGCUGGAAACGGUUACUUCUGCCAGUGUCUUUCAGGUUAUACUGGAACAAACUGCGAAACAGAGAUACUUGAAUGUUCUUCAAACCCAUGCCUGAAUGGAGCUGCAUGUAUUGAAGCUGGAGCUGGAAACGGGUACAUAUGCCAGUGUCUAACAGGUUAUACUGGAACUAACUGUGAAACACAAGCUCUAUCACCAUGCGAGUCCUACCCCUGCUUGAAUGGUGCAGUCUGUUUUGAAUCUGAAAGUGGCGCUGGUUAUUUCUGUCUCUGUGCAAUGGGUUAUUUCGGGACCCAUUGCGAUAUGAGAGUACCAGCCUGUACGUCCGGACCCUGUCUCAACGAUGCAGCGUGUAUUGAUACCGAGCUGGGUUAUAGAUGUAUGUGUGAAGAUGGCUUUCAGGGUGUCAACUGUGGCGAGCUAGUAGCGAGCUGUUCUUCUAACCCUUGUUUGAAUGGAGCAACUUGCAUGGAAUCUAGCUCGGGAUCUGGGUAUUUCUGCCUCUGUCCUGCAGCUUAUACAGGGAGAGACUGCGGAUCCAGAGUACUGAGCUGUUCUUCUAACCCUUGUCUGAAUGGAGCAACUUGCAUGGAAUCUAGCUCGGGAUCUGGGUAUUUCUGCCUCUGUCCUGCAGCUUAUACAGGGAGAGACUGCGGAUCCAGAGUGCUUACCUGCUUGUCAAACCCCUGCAUGCAUGGCGGGUCGUGUGCGGAAUUGGAGCAAGAUUUAGGAUACUCGUGCACAUGUCUAGAUGGUUUCAGUGGAACCAAUUGUGAAACCCAAGUUUUCACCUGUACAUCAAAUCCAUGUCAGAACGGUGGAGGUUGCUCUGAACUACAAGUUGGUUUUGGAUACUCUUGCACAUGUCCUUCAGACUUCACUGGAACUACCUGCCAGACACAACUUCUGUCCUGUACAUCUGCCCCGUGUCUGAAUGAGGGAACCUGCUUGGAAGUUGGAUCCGGCUUUGGAUAUGCUUGCCUUUGCCCUGCUGGUUACACCGGGACAAACUGUGAAACGAGAGUUUCUGCAUGUUCUUCAAACCCUUGUCAAAAUGAUGGAUUUUGCCUUGAAACUGCCUCAGGAUUUGAUGUUUAUUGCAUCUGUCCUGAAGGCUUUACCGGUUCAGCUUGUGAAACAGAAGUUUUUGUUUGCGACUCUUCACCCUGCUCUAAUGGUGGACUGUGCUAUGAAUCUGAAAUGGGAUUUAAUUGCACAUGUCCUCAGGGAUUUAAUGGAACGUUUUGUGAAACUCAAGGUUUUGCUUGCGACUCAUCACCCUGCUCUAAUGGUGGACUGUGCUAUGAAUCUAUUUCUGGAUUUAAUUGCACCUGUCCCCUAGGUUUUAAUGGAACAUUUUGUGAAACUCAAGUUUUUGCUUGCGAAUCUUCACCCUGCUCUAACGGUGGACUGUGUUAUAAAUCCGAGUUUGAAUUUAAUUGCACAUGUUCCCAAGGAUUUAAUGGAACAUUCUGUGAAACUCCAGUGUUUUCGUGUUCUUCAGCUCCUUGUCUAAAUGGUGGAACUUGCUCAGAACUUCUGGAAGGCCUCGGUUACAAUUGCUCCUGUCCAAAUGGUUUUACUGGAGAUAUUUGUCAAAUAAGAGUUUCUGCUUGCACUUCAAAUCCUUGUCAAAAUAAUGGAUUUUGCCUUGAUGCUGCUUCAGGAUUUGAUGUAUAUUGCAUCUGUCCUGAAGGGUUUACAGGUUCAGCUUGUGAAACAGAAGUUUUUGUUUGCGACUCUUCACCCUGUUCUAAUGGUGGACAGUGUUAUGAAUCUGAGUUUGGAUUCAAUUGCACAUGUCUCCAAGGAUUUAAUGGAACGUUUUGCGAAACUCAAGUAUUUGCUUGCGACUCUUCACCCUGCUCUAAUGGUGGACUGUGCUAUGAAUCCGAUUUUGGAUUUAAUUGCACAUGUCCCCAAGGAUUUUAUGGAACGUUUUGUGAAACUCCAGUAUUUGCUUGCGACUCUUCACCCUGCUCUAACGGUGGACUGUGUUAUGAAUCCGAGUUUGGAUUUAAUUGCACAUGUCCAGAAGGAUUUAAUGGAACGUUUUGUGAAACUCCAGUGUUUACCUGUUCGUCUGCUCCUUGUCUAAAUGGUGGAACUUGCUCAGAAUUUGUGGAAGGCUUCGGUUACAAUUGCUCCUGUCCAGAUGGUUUUACUGGAGAUAUUUGUCAAAAUAGAGUUUCUGCUUGCACUUCAAAUCCUUGUCAAAAUAAUGGAUUUUGCCUUGAAGCUGCUUCAGGAUUUGAUGUAUAUUGCAUCUGUCCUGAAGGGUUUACAGGUUCAGCUUGUGAAACAAAAGUUUUUGUCUGCGACUCUUCACCCUGUUCUAAUGGUGGACUGUGUUAUGAAUCUGAGUUUGGAUUCAAUUGCACAUGUCUCGAAGGAUUUAAUGGAACGUUUUGCGAAACUCGAGUAUUUGCUUGCGACUCUUCACCCUGUUCUAACGGAGGACUGUGUUAUGAAUCCGAGUUUGGAUUUAAUUGCACAUGUCCCCAAGGAUUUAAUGGAACGUUUUGUGAAACUCCAGUGUUUGCAUGUUCAUCACUUCCUUGUCUGAACGGUGGAAACUGCUCAGAAAUUUCGGAUGGUGUUGGCUACAACUGUACCUGUCCGGAAAAUUUUACUGGAGAUAUCUGUCAGCAUAGAGUGUUUGCGUGUUCAUCAGCUCCUUGUUUAAAUGGUGGAACUUGCUCUGAAUUUUCUGACGGUUUCGGCCACAUUUGUUCCUGUCCAGAAGGUUAUUCUGGAGAAACUUGUCAAAACAAAGAGAGUCCAUGUAGUCCCAGUCCAUGCCUUAACGGUGGAUAUUGCUUUCAGCUACAAGGAAGCAAUCUUUCCUACUUCUGCCAAUGUCCAGAGAACUAUAGUAUUGGGAAGCACUGUGAAAACAUGACUGCAUGUUCGUCAUCACCAUGUCUGAACGGGGGAGUUUGCACAGAAUUCACGAACGGUUCAGAAUACACCUGUUCUUGUGUAUCUGGAUUUACAGGAGAAAAUUGUGAAAGCAGAGAGAGUCCAUGUAGUCCCAGUCCAUGCUUUAACGGUGGGGAAUGCUUUCAGCUACAAGGAAGCAAUCUCGCUUACUUCUGCCAAUGUCCAGAGAACUAUAGUACUGGGAAGCACUGUGAAAACAUGACUGCAUGUUCGUCAUCACCAUGUCUCAACGGGGGAGUUUGCACAGAGUUCACGAACGGUUCAGAAUACACCUGUUCUUGUGUAUUUGGAUUUAUAGGAGAAAAUUGUGAAAGCAGAGAGAGUCCAUGUAGUCCCAGUCCAUGCCUUAACGGUGGGGAAUGCUUUCAGCUACAAGGAAGCAAUCUCGCUUACUUCUGCCAAUGUCCAGAGAACUAUAGUACUGGGAAGCACUGUGAAAAUAUGACUGCAUGUUCGUCAUCACCAUGUCUCAACGGGGGAGUUUGCACAGAGUUCACGAACGGUUCAGAAUACACCUGUUCUUGUGUAUUUGGAUUUAUAGGAGAAAAUUGUGAAAGCAGAGAGAGUCCAUGUAGUCCCAGUCCAUGCCUUAACGGUGGGGAAUGCUUUCAGCUACAAGGAAGCAAUCUCGCUUACUUCUGCCAAUGUCCAGAGAACUAUAGUACUGGGAAGCACUGUGAAAAUAUGACUGCAUGUUCGUCAUCACCAUGUCUGAACGGGGGAGUUUGCACAGAGUUCACGAACGGUUCAGAAUACACCUGUUCUUGUGUAUCUGGAUUUACAGGAGAAAAUUGUGAAAGCAGAGACUUUGCAUGCUUGUCAUUUCCUUGUAUGAAUGGAGGAGCUUGCAUAGAGUUUGAAGAUGGCUUCGGAUACUCGUGCAUAUGUCCAUCUAGUUUCACUGGUUACAAUUGUGACAGUACAGAGAGUCCAUGUAGUCCCAGCCCAUGCCUUAACGGUGGGGAAUGCUUUCAGCUACAAGGAAGCGAUCUCGCUUACUUCUGCCAAUGUCCAGAGAACUAUAGUACUGGGAAGCACUGUGAAAACAUGACUGCAUGUUCGUCAUCACCAUGUCUGAACGGGGGAGUUUGCACAGAGUUCACGAACGGUUCCGAAUACACCUGUUCUUGUGUAUCUGGAUUUACAGGAGAAAAUUGUGAAAGCAGAGACUUUGCAUGCUUGUCAUUUCCUUGUAUGAAUGGAGGAGCUUGCAUAGAGUUUGAAGAUGGCUUCGGAUACUCGUGCAUAUGUCCAUCUAGUUUCACUGGUUACAAUUGUGACAGUACAGAGAGUCCAUGUAGUCCCAGCCCAUGCCUUAACGGUGGGGAAUGCUUUCAGCUACAAGGAAGCGAUCUCGCUUACUUCUGCCAAUGUCCAGAGAACUAUAGUACUGGGAAGCACUGUGAAAACAUGACUGCAUGUUCGUCAUCACCAUGUCUGAACGGGGGAGUUUGCACAGAGUUCACGAACGGUUCAGAAUACACCUGUUCUUGUGUAUCUGGAUUUACAGGAGAAAAUUGUGAAAGCAGAGACUUUGCAUGCUUGUCAUUUCCUUGUAUGAAUGGAGGAGCUUGCAUAGAGUUUGAAGAUGGCUUCGGAUACUCGUGCAUAUGUCCAUCUAGUUUCACUGGUUACAAUUGUGACAGUACAGAGAGUCCAUGUAGUCCCAGUCCAUGCCUUAACGGUGGGGAAUGCUUUCAGCUACAAGGAAGCAAUCUUGCCUACUUCUGCCAAUGUCCAGAGAACUAUAGUACUGGGAAGCACUGUGAAAACAUAUUUGCUUGCGACUCUUCACCCUGCUCUAAUGGUGGACUGUGUUAUGAAUCCGAGUUUGGAUUUAAUUGCACAUGUCCCCAAGGAUUUAAUGGAACGUUUUGUGAAACUCCAGUGUUAACGUGUUCGUCAGCUCCUUGUCUAAAUGAUGGUACUUGCUCAGAAUUCCUGGAAGGCUUCGGUUACAAUUGCUCCUGUCCAGAUGGUUUUACUGGAGAUGUUUGUCAAAUUAGAGUUUCUGCUUGCACUUCAAAUCCUUGUCAAAAUAAUGGAUUUUGCCUUGAUGCUGCUUCAGGAUAUGAUGUUUAUUGCAUCUGUCCCGAAGGGUUUACAGGUUCAGCUUGUGAAACAAAAGUUUUUGUCUGCGACUCUUCACCCUGUUCUAAUGGUGGACUGUGUUAUGAAUCUGGGUUUGGAUUCAAUUGCACAUGUCUCGAAGGAUUUAAUGGAACGUUUUGCGAAACUCAAGUAUUUGCUUGCGACUCUUCACCCUGCUCUAAUGGUGGACUGUGUUAUGAAUCCGAGUUUGGAUUCAAUUGCACAUGUCCCCAAGGAUUUAAUGGAACGUUUUGUGAAACUCCAGUGUUAACGUGUUCGUCAGCUCCUUGUCUAAAUGGUGGAAAAUGCUCAGAAUUCCUGGAAGGCUUCGGUUACAAUUGCUCCUGUCCAGAUGGUUUUACUGGAGAUGUUUGUCAAAUUAGAGUUUCUGCUUGCACUUCAAAUCCUUGUCAAAAUAAUGGAUUUUGCCUUGAUGCUGCUUCAGGAUUUGAUGUAUAUUGCAUCUGUCCUGAAGGGUUUACAGGUUCAGCUUGUGAAACAAAAGUUUUUGUCUGCGACUCUUCACCCUGUUCUAAUGGUGGACUGUGUUAUGAAUCUGAGUUUGGAUUCAAUUGCACAUGUCUCGAAGGAUUUAAUGGAACGUUUUGCGAAACUCAAGUAUUUGCUUGCGACUCUUCACCCUGCUCUAAUGGUGGACUGUGUUUUGAAUCCGAGUUUGGAUUCAAUUGCACAUGUCCCCAAGGAUUUAAUGGAACGUUUUGUGAAACUCCAGUGUUAACGUGUUCGUCAGCUCCUUGUCUAAAUGAUGGUACUUGCUCAGAAUUCCUGGAAGGCUUCGGUUACAAUUGCUCCUGUCCAGAUGGUUUUACUGGAGAUGUUUGUCAAAUUAGAGUUUCUGCUUGCACUUCAAAUCCUUGUCAAAAUAAUGGAUUUUGCCUUGAUGCUGCUUCAGGAUUUGAUGUAUAUUGCAUCUGUCCUGAAGGGUUUACAGGUUCAGCUUGUGAAACAAAAGUUUUUGUCUGCGACUCUUCACCCUGUUCUAAUGGUGGACUGUGUUAUGAAUCUGAGUUUGGAUUCAAUUGCACAUGUCUCCAAGGAUUUAAUGGAACGUUUUGCGAAACUCAAGUAUUUGCUUGCGACUCUUCACCCUGCUCUAAUGGUGGACUGUGUUUUGAAUCCGAGUUUGGAUUUAAUUGCACAUGUUCCCAAGGAUUUAAUGGCACGUUUUGUGAAACUCCAGUAUUUGCUUGCGACUCUUCACCCUGCUCUAAUGGUGGACUGUGUUAUGAAUCCGAGUUUGGAUUUAAUUGCACAUGUCCCCAAGGAUUUAAUGGAACGUUUUGUGAAACUCCAGUGUUAACGUGUUCGUCAGCUCCUUGUCUAAAUGAUGGUACUUGCUCAGAAUUCCUGGAAGGCUUCGGUUACAAUUGCUCCUGUCCAGAUGGUUUUACUGGAGAUGUUUGUCAAAUUAGAGUUUCUGCUUGCACUUCAAAUCCUUGUCAAAAUAAUGGAUUUUGCCUUGAUGCUGCUUCAGGAUUUGAUGUAUAUUGCAUCUGUCCUGAAGGGUUUACAGGUUCAUCUUGUGAAACAAAAGUUUUUGUCUGCGACUCUUCACCCUGUUCUAAUGGUGGACUGUGUUAUGAAUCUGAGUUUGGAUUCAAUUGCACAUGUCUCCAAGGAUUUAAUGGAACGUUUUGCGAAACUCAAGUAUUUGCUUGCGACUCUUCACCCUGCUCUAAUGGUGGACUGUGUUUUGAAUCCGAGUUUGGAUUUAAUUGCACAUGUCCCCAAGGAUUUAAUGGCACGUUUUGUGAAACUCCAGUAUUUGCUUGCGACUCUUCACCCUGCUCUAAUGGUGGACUGUGUUAUGAAUCCGAGUUUGGAUUUAAUUGCACAUGUCCCAAAGGAUUUAAUGGAACGUUUUGUGAAACUCCAGUGUUAACGUGUUCGUCAGCUCCUUGUCUAAAUGGUGGAAAAUGCUCAGAAUUUCUGGAAGGCUUCGGUUACAAUUGCUCCUGUCCAGAUGGUUUUACUGGAGAUGUUUGUCAAAUUAGAGUUUCUGCUUGCACUUCAAAUCCUUGUCAAAAUAAUGGAUUUUGCCUUGAUGCUGCUUCAGGAUUUGAUGUAUAUUGCAUCUGUCCUGAAGGGUUUACAGGUUCAGCUUGUGAAACAAAAGUUUUUGUUUGCGACUCAUCACCCUGUUCCAAUGGUGGACUGUGUUAUGAAUCUGAGUUUGGAUUCAAUUGCACAUGUCUCGAAGGAUUUAAUGGAACGUUUUGCGAAACUCAAGUAUUUGCUUGCGACUCUUCACCCUGCUCUAACGGUGGACUGUGUUAUGAAUCCGAGUUUGGAUUCAAUUGCACAUGUCCAGAAGGAUUUAAUGGAACGUUUUGUGAAACUCCAGUGUUAACGUGUUCGUCAGCUCCUUGUCUAAAUGAUGGUACUUGCUCAGAAUUCCUGGAAGGCUUCGGUUACAAUUGCUCCUGUCCAGAUGGUUUUACUGGAGAUGUUUGUCAAAUUAGAGUUUCUGCUUGCACUUCAAAUCCUUGUCAAAAUAAUGGAUUUUGCCUUGAUGCUGCUUCAGGAUUUGAUGUAUAUUGCAUCUGUCCUGAAGGGUUUACAGGUUCAGCUUGUGAAACAAAAGUUUUUGUUUGCGACUCAUCACCCUGUUCCAAUGGUGGACUGUGUUAUGAAUCUGAGUUUGGAUUCAAUUGCACAUGUCUCGAAGGAUUUAAUGGAACGUUUUGCGAAACUCAAGUAUUUGCUUGCGACUCUUCACCCUGCUCUAACGGUGGACUGUGUUAUGAAUCCGAGUUUGGAUUCAAUUGCACAUGUCCAGAAGGAUUUAAUGGAACGUUUUGUGAAACUCCAGUGUUAACGUGUUCGUCAGCUCCUUGUCUAAAUGGUGGAAAAUGCUCAGAAUUCCUGGAAGGCUUCGGUUACAAUUGCUCCUGUCCAGAUGGUUUUACUGGAGAUGUUUGUCAAAUUAGAGUUUCUGCUUGCACUUCAAAUCCUUGUCAAAAUAAUGGAUUUUGCCUUGAUGCUGCUUCAGGAUUUGAUAUAUAUUGCAUCUGUCCUGAAGGGUUUACAGGUUCAGCUUGUGAAACAAAAGUUUUUGUCUGCGACUCUUCACCCUGUUCUAAUGGUGGACUGUGUUAUGAAUCUGAGUUUGGAUUCAAUUGCACAUGUCUCCAAGGAUUUAAUGGAACGUUUUGCGAAACUCAAGUAUUUCCUUGCGACUCUUCACCCUGCUCUAAUGGUGGACUGUGUUUUGAAUCCGAGUUUGGAUUCAAUUGCACAUGUUCCCAAGGAUUUAAUGGAACGUUUUGUGAAACUCCAGUAUUGGCUUGCGACUCUUCACCCUGUUCUAGCGAUGGACUAUGUUAUGAAUCCGAGUUUGGAUUCAAUUGCACAUGUCUCCAAGGAUUCAAUGGAACGUUUUGCGAAACUCAAGUAUUUGCUUGCGACUCUUCACCCUGCUCUAAUGGUGGACUGUGUUUUGAAUCCGAGUUUGGUUUCAAUUGCACAUGUUCCCAAGGAUUUAAUGGAACGUUUUGUGAAACUCCAGUAUUUGCUUGCGACUCUUCACCCUGCUCUAACGGUGGAAUCUGCUAUGAAUCCGAGUUUGGAUUCAAUUGCACAUGUCCCCAUGGAUUUAAUGGAACGUUUUGUGAAACUCCAGUGUUUGCAUGUUCUUCACUUCCUUGUCUUAAUGGUGGAAACUGCUCAGAAAUUUCGGACGGCGUUGGCUACAACUGUACCUGUCCAGAUAAUUUUACUGGAGAUAUCUGUCAGCAUAGAGUGUUUGCGUGUUCAUCAGCUCCUUGUUUAAAUGGUGGAACUUGCUCUGAAUUUUCUGACGGUUUUGGCCACAUUUGUUCCUGUCCAGAAGAUUAUUCUGGAGAAACUUGUCAAAACAAAGUGACUGCAUGUUCGUCAUCACCAUGUCUGAACGGAGGAGUUUGCAUAGAGUUCACAAACGGUUUAGGAUACACCUGUUCUUGUGUAUCUGGAUUUACAGGAGAAAAUUGUGAAAGCAGAGAGAGUCCAUGUAGUCCCAGCCCAUGCCUUAACGGUGGGGAAUGCUUUCAGCUACAAGGAAGCAAUCUUGCCUACUUCUGCCAAUGUCCAGAGAACUAUAGUACUGGGAAGCACUGUGAAAUCAUGACUGCAUGUUCGUCAUCACCAUGUUUGAACGGGGGAGUUUGCACAGAGUUCACGAACGGUUUAGGAUACACCUGUUCUUGUGUAUUUGGAUACAUAGGAGAAAAUUGUGAAAGCAGAGAGAGUCCAUGUAGUCCCAGCCCAUGCCUUAACGGUGGGGAAUGCUUUCAGCUACAAGGAAGCAAUCUUGCCUACUUCUGCCAAUGUCCAGAGAACUAUAGUAUUGGGCGGCACUGUGAAAACAUGACUGCAUGUUCGUCAUCACCAUGUCUGAACGGGGGAGUUUGCACAGAGUUCACGAACGGUUUAGGAUACACCUGUUCUUGUGUAUUUGGAUUUACAGGAGAAAAUUGUGAAAGCAGAGACUUUGCAUGCUUGUCAUCUCCUUGUAUGAAUGGAGGGGCUUGCAUAGAUUUUGAAGACGGCUUCGGAUACUCGUGUAUAUGUCCUUCUAAUUUCGCUGGUGACAAUUGUGCGACUACAGUCUCAGCCUGUGUGUCCUCUCCUUGUCUUAACGGUGCCGCUUGUCAGGACUUUACCUUUGGAGUCGGAUACAGCUGCACAUGUCUCCAAGGUUUUGCAGGAACGCGCUGCGAAAUUGAAGUUUUCGCUUGUAAUUCCAACCCAUGUGUUAAUGGAGCUUGUUCAAACCUGAAUGAUGGCAGCUAUUCCUGCAACUGUCCAUCUGGAUUUACCGGAAUCAACUGCGAAACAGUCGUUUCUCCCGAUGGGUGCGCCUCAUCCCCUUGCGUGAACGGAGUCUGCUUUACAGCAGGAUCGGGAAACGAUUACCUCUGUUUAUGUAACUCUGGAUUUACUGGAACUAACUGUGAAUUUGAGGUGAUUCAGCCCUGCUCCAGUUCACCAUGUUUCAACGGGGGAAACUGUCUGACUGAGAGCGACAGAUCGGGCUAUUCAUGCAUUUGCGCAACCGGUUUCUUCGGAGCAAAUUGCGAGAAUGCAGUGAACCCAUGUCUGCCUAACCCCUGUUUCAAUGGAGGAUUCUGCUCCAGGACGCAAUCAGGAAGUUACGUGUGUAGUUGCCCUACUGGCUUUACAGGAAAUAACUGCGAAAGCAUAGUGAGUCCAUGUAGUCCAAGUCCAUGCCUUAAUGGUGGUGUAUGCUUCCAGCUACAAGGCAGCAGUAAUAAUUACUACUGCCAAUGUCCACCCAACUUCGAAGGACAGAACUGCGAAUACAUAUCUCCGUGUAAUCCUAGCCCGUGUCUCAAUGGAGCAGCUUGCUCGGUUACCCAAGGCCAGUCCAGCGAUUAUCAGUGUAAUUGUGUCCCAGGAUUCCUGGGAGAAAAUUGCGAGACAGCGGACCCAUGUUCCAGUAAUCCAUGUGUUCGUGGACAAUGCUUCCUCAGCGGAACAAACGUCGAUUACUUCUGUAUAUGCCCAACGGGUUAUACUGGCAGUACUUGUAAUGAAAUCGAAGAUCGAUGUGCAUCCAGCCCAUGUCUAAACGGUGCUACUUGCCUGACUAACGGGCUGGCAGUGACAUGUCAGUGUCUACCCGACUUCUCCGGAGAAUUCUGUGGAACAUACGAGCCCACGAGUCCAUGUGACUCAGACCCAUGCCAAAACGGUGGCGGAUGCUUUGUCGAUGGAUCCAAUUCCCUGCAAUGUGUUUGUCCAGUAUACUACAGCGGUGACUUCUGUGAAUUCUUCACACCUCCCGAUGUGUGUCAAUCGUUGCCAUGUGGUGGAAGUGGAAUUUGCUCAAACUUCAUCAGCUAUUUCACUUGUCAGUGUAUCAAUGGCUACACAGGACUGACAUGCUCAGAACCACCCAGUCCUUGCAUCUCAAAUCCCUGCAAAAAUGGAGGUUCCUGUGAAACAUUCGGAACAUCCUAUCUGUGUGAUUGUAGCACGUCUCCAUUAGGUUUCACUGGUGUUACAUGUGAAGUUGAACCCAACCCAUGUUUUUCCAAUCCAUGUAUUCGAGGACAGUGCCUGAACCGUUUCACCAGCUACGAGUGUGAUUGUGUACUUACUGGAGGUUACUCAGGAGACAGAUGUGAAAUCGCUCCUAAUCCUUGCGACAGUGUGGUAUGCUUGAAUGGAGGUCUGUGCAACGUAGGAACGUGUGACUGCUCUAACACUGGCUAUGCUGGCACGUCGUGUGAAAUACUGACUGACUCAUGUGUAUCGGACCCGUGUCGCAAUGGAGGAACCUGUACAAACUUUGGAUCAUUUUAUAGAUGCGCUUGCCCUGCACCCUUCAAUGGAGAUGUGUGUGAAACAUAUGUGGAUCCUUGCCUGGCAAUAAACCCAUGUUUGAAUGGAGCAACUUGUGCGGAUCUGGGCACAGGAGAGUACUUUUGUAGCUGUCCAAUUGGUUUCGAGGGAAACCGCUGUCAAACAGUUAUCAACUACUGCGAGAGUGAUCCGUGUCAGAAUGGUGGUGCCUGUCAGCUGAUGCAGAACAUGUAUGGCUACACCUGCGAAUGCCCUCUAGGCUACGGUGGAAUCAACUGUGAAACCCUCAUCGAUACUUGUCUUAGCAAUCCAUGUCUGAACGGUGGUCAGUGUAUCGAGCAGUCAGGGUUUACUUAUUCAUGCGUUUGCACCAGCCAAUGGUCGGGUGGCAAUUGUUCUGAACCUGUGGAUGCUUGUGCUGAAAUUCCUUGUGAGUUUGGUGGAGAAUGCACAAAUUAUUUCACUUACUUCGUCUGUACAUGUCCUCAAGGACGAUGGGGAUCCAGAUGUGAAAAUGAUUUUGACGAGUGCAGCAGUAACCCCUGUCUUAACAAUGGACUUUGUGAGCAUGGACACAAUAAUUACUCCUGUACCUGCCAGCGUGGCUUUGAAGGCGAACAUUGUGAAAACAAUAUCAAUAAUUGCGAACCAGACCCAUGUCAGAACAACGGCAUAUGCACGGAUGGGAUUGACCGGUUUACCUGUACUUGUGACACUGGAUUUAUUGGAGCUACAUGUGCAGAGCUGGUUGAUACGUGUGAAAGCAAUCCUUGUCUUAAUGGAGCGACCUGUGAUAAUCUCUUUAACUCCUACCAAUGCCGCUGUGCCAGGGGAUGGAGCGGCACUAAUUGCGAGUCAGUUACCAGUUGCAACGUGGACUACUACUUGGAAGAAUGCGCCGCGGUCGUGAUCACCAGCCCUAACUAUCCCGCAAGCUAUGACGACAAUAAAACCUGCUCCUGGCUGGUCAUCUCCAACGAGCUGAACCGACUUCACAUCCAGGUCACCGACUUCAUGACUGAAGACUCCUAUGACAACCUGCAUAUUGGUGGUGGCGCCCUCAUCGGGAACCCAGUGUCUCUGUUUGCAGAUGGAACCUUGUCCGGAUCCGCACAACCUGUGAACUUCACGUCAGCACAGACGACCGUCUGGAUGCGAUUCGUCACCGACCUGGAUAAGAGCGCGAGGGGAUUCAGAGCUGUCGUCACUGACCUGUGUGAUAUUGAUUUCCCAUGUGCCAGCAACCCUUGCUUGAAUAAUGGCGAAUGUGUCAAUACCAACGACAAUCUCCAGUAUUUCUGCAGAUGUGCUCCCGCUUUCACCGGCGACAAUUGCGAGAUUGCUGUACCGACACCAUGUGAUAGCGACCCCUGUCUCAAUGGAGGUAGCUGCUUCUUUGACCUUGCCACUGAUAGUUUCGUUUGUGAUUGCCCCGCUGGUUGGGAGGGCACCAACUGCGAAGAAGAAUUCAUUAUCAUGUGCCCUCCGGCUCACUGCUUGUACGGUGGACUGUGUAAUAUUGAUGCUAACGACCAGCCACUGUGCAGCUGUCCAGAGGGAUAUAUCGGUGACCGAUGUGAAAUAGCCCAAUGCCCCAAUGACUACUGUGGGGUGAAUAGCAUUCAGUGUUUCGUCGUCGACACGGGUGAAUACUCGUGUCAGUGCAUGGAAGGUUACACUGGAUCGCAGUGUGAAACAAAUAUCGACGAGUGCGGAAGCGAACCUUGCCAGAAUGGAGGUGUAUGCCUAGAUGGUGUGAGCGGUUAUGAAUGCCAGUGUAACGACAUGUUCAGGGGUACCAACUGCGAAUCACUUUCCAAUGCAUGUAUCGGAAGCCAACCCUGUGACAAUGGAGCCGCCUGUAUGGCUGAUGCUAAUGGUCUCAACAUGUGUGUAUGUCAACCUGGUUUUGAGGGAGAUCUCUGCGAAGUUGCCAUCAAUGAAUGUGUAAGCAACCCCUGUGCAAACAAUGGAGUGUGUAUAGACAGUCUAAACCGAUACGUCUGCGUGUGCAAGACUGGCUACACUGGCGACGACUGCUCAGAGAUAUUGCACUCCAUGAUCCGCAGAAUAUCUGACGGUAGCAACAACAACCUGCCCCAGGCCGCCACGAACAAUCUCCUGAUCGAACCCUGGUGGAUUGCCCUCAUCUGCCUCAUCGGUCUCCUCUUCGUCAUCUUCGUCGCCGUCUGUCUCUGCACGAUGAAACGCCAGGACGAUCUCGAUAAGAAGAAACUCAUGGCGCUCGGAGUCUAGAAUGUAUAGGAUUGUCGUUAAUGGUGAAGCCUAGCCCCAUCGAACCGAAAAUGAUAAUGAUAGAUAUGCUGAAUAAACCCAUGAUUAAAAGUAUAGACCUUAUAAAACUGAGCUUUCAUCAGUAAAAGGCGAUGUAAAUAAAUAUAAAACCUUUAAAAGAUAAAUAAUACAAAGAUUCAGCCCCAUAAAGCUACUUUCUAUAACUAUACUAAGAGAAAUUUACCUUUUCCUUCUUUUUCUAAGUGCGUUUAGUACCUGGCAGGCCUGUACUUACCGUUUUGAGUAAGAGUAAAAUUAAAGUGGUCACAUUUACCCUCGCCAAUCGAUCUUUUAAAAAAAAGCCAAGGACAACUGUUAUCGCUUGUAUUUCAUUCUGUUCUUGAAGCGUUCCAGGUUAUCAACUCGAAAAUAAUCAAAAUCUCACACAAACGUUUAUCUUUCGACAAGUCUCUUGAUGUUUGUUUCAUUUAUCCCCAAAGGAGGAAUCUGGGUUUUCUAUACCGGUACCUUUAAUCAAAAGCAUAAUUACCGUUAUCAUUAUCGGCUAGAUGGGACUAGGCCUUUACCGAUCAAAACAAUUCCAUGCAUUUGAAGAUCAUCAAUAUUUUUAUGCAGAAAAAGCACACAAACGCCAUUACAACAGGCGACUAAAUUUUGUAUCAAUAGAACAAAUGAUGAAAUUACUAAAGACAAAUGUUAAUAUAUUGCAUGAACAUGACAUUGUAUUAUUAAAAUUUCCACCUCUUCCUACAUACAAAUGUAUAUAGAAAUAAAUUGUAGAGCGCAUUUCGUACUUGUUUAAUACAAUAAUUGAUGUUUAAUGCGACUGUUGCGGCAGUAUUGAAGUAAAAGUAAUUUUUUUAAUAAAAUGUAAUGGUUUUACUCUUAUACAUUCAUUCGUCCGAGUGAACGUUAUUGGCGAAUGAGCGCUAUACAAGAACCCACUAUUAUUAUUAUUAUUAUUAUUAUUAUUAUCCUUAUUUAUUAAACUCUAAUAAACAAUUCAUUGGGAUGAAAAUCUGGUUAUUUUCAGAUUGUACGUUUGGAGUUCAGUGCCGGACAUUGAUUUUAAAAUAAUGGUGAUUGUAUAGAUUGGAAGUAAAAUGUUUACGUUUAUUUUUAAUUGAUUGUAUUAAUAUGCUUAAGUUUUGAAUCUAGCUUUAAGGGUAAAUUGUUUACCAUGUUAAUAAAAGUCAGCAUGUGCACUGCUGUAGCUAGAGCUUUUACUAAAAUUGUCAUCUGCUUGGUGAGACACUUCAUAAACAAAAGGAAACUCAAUAUAUAAAUGGCCAGUUAAAUAUAAACAUUCAUAUCAAACCAUGAAUGGCGGUAAUAAAAUUUUGAAGUGUGUAAAGCAAGUGGGGAAUUAGUUUCAAUCACGAAACCUUCUCCAACGAAUUUAAAUAGUUUUUAUUUCAAUGAAAAUGUUGAAAAUUGUUUUAAAAUGGAAGUUAUCGAUAUAGGAUUAAAAUAAUAACCGUUUUUUAUGAUUACUUUAGCGAUUACUUUUAGUUUUUAAUUAUGUUUUUUAAUUAUGUCUUUCAGUAAUCAUUUCUUUUGAUAUGAUAGCAGUACAUUGAGUACAUUUUAACAGGUAGUUUUUCUUUUUUUUUCUUUUUUUUUGUUUGAUUUCACUUUUUUUUAAAUGCACAAAAAUGUCUCAUAACACAAUAUAUUAAGCUGUAUUAAAAUGACGUGUACUUAAGUAUACCGAGUUGCAAUGUCUUUCGAACUCUGAAUGGCUUUCAAAGAAAAGCAAUAAAUUCUUGUCUUUCUCGCUGUUUUUAUAUCAACCUUUCAUCUCAGAUCAUUUGAACUACUAUACAGUGUGAGUUUUUUUUAAGCUGAUUUUCUGAGUGUAAUUCUUUUUCUCACUCGCAUGGUAUAAUGCAAUUGUUCGCUCGGUUUAGAAUUCUUGGCGUGCAAUUGUGAAUUCAAAAUCUUAAGUAAGUUUCAAUACCGCUUUCACAGUAAUUAUAGUUGAGCUCAAAUUUUGCAGAGGGACAAAUGGCUCCCUUGUUACUUGUUAGUUUUCAACAAAUAUAUUUUAAUACACAAAUCUAUCCAUUAAUUCACCGUUGGUACAUUUUUAGCGUAUAAGUAUGUUUCUGUUAUUAUUUUUGAAGAUAUGUUUUUAUGAUAUGAAAUUAAAUCGACAUUUAGUGCAAAGUCAUUGAAAAUAAAUGUCAUCAUCGCCCGCUAGUCUUUCAAACGGGAAUUAGAGGUUGCUCGUUCGAAAUUAAUAAAUUGAUCAUUUAGCUCAUUAUUGCACUUAGAUUGUUGUAAAUUGAAUUCAAAUUCUUUUAAAAUGUUAAAAUAAGUUGCACUUACUGAGUAAGGGCUUUGCAUAGCUCUAUAUAUGGACUCAGUAAAAUCCAAUAAUUUGUGUUAUAUAAUAACGUAUUCUUGAAAUAUGAUUUUUUUUUUCUUUUUUCUUCAUGACGUAUAUAUAGUUUGAUAGUUCGACUAGGAAAUUUUUGUAUAUUGAAGUUCACGUAUACAUUACCAUGAUUAAGAUUAAUAAUUCUGUUGAUUUUGUAGACGAUAUAUCAUUUUCAUUUCAUAAGGAAAUAGACGGUAAAUGUAUUUUUUAUAAAUAUUUGCUUUGCUUUUACUGAAAAUCCUUACAAUCGAUCAAUAUGUAAUGGUUAAAUUUCAUCAGCAGUUUUCCUUUACUCGGUUUAUUUCUAUUUUUUGUGUUUUUUAGUCAUUCAUUGCGUCGCGUUAUAUAUCAACGAAAUAAUGUAAUGUGGACAAUUUUUUACAUGCAAAUAAACCUUAUAAAUAAAGCAA